AUGCCUCCGAGGUGUAGCCAUGUGCAGUCGGUCUUGGCCUUCUUGCCUGUUGUAAUUGUUUGGAAUACAGAUCUCAUACCACAUCUUGUGGUAAGCUUUGAUGGCGAACAUAUAGCACGAGGGGGUUUCAGUUUACGUCAGGUGGCCUCAACAGUGCAAGGUAUACAGCAACUCUACAUUGAUCCAGAAAUCCGUCUGUUUUCAUGUGGCGCCGACUGUUCGCUGAAGAUUCGUUCAAUACGUAAUUUAACUUGA